AUGGAGUCGAAACUGAGCAGCGCCUUGCGCGGAUGUGACAAGUGCAGAACUUAUGCGGAACUGUGCCGGACAUUUGAAGCAAAGGUUUCCCCGAUCGUUGAACAGGCGCUACAGUCACCCCUUGUGAAGGCUCCUCGUGACCACACCACGCCUGAUGAGUGUAGUCCGCGUGUGGCGGAGCUGCGCGAGGCCUUGUGCACUUGCCUCGGUGCUGACAAGGCUACGCCAGCCGAAGAUGAUGUGUGGUUUUUGAUCUAUCGUACGGUCAGCAACUUCGUGGAGCGUCAGCAGCGCAAGCGGUCACGCGAUCAAGAUGGCACGUCGCUAUCUACACUGGUCACAAAUUGCUUUGUACUCUUGUGCACCCGCACUUUGCCGCAGCUCGAUCACAUGAAGCUGCGGUGGGGAUUUUUGAAAAAAGAGCGUGCGGCGUUGGAGUCGAGCGACGCCUACGUGCACUCCAACUCCUCAGAGCGGCGCAAGCUGCAACUCAAUGCCACUAGCGUCCUCUCUGUCUUCUCGGAGAGGGCACACAAGCACUCCUUUACGUUUGUGUGGAUGCUGUGCGUGGAGAAGGCUGGUGAGGCUGCCCUGCACGUUCAUCUGCUGCACCGGCUGGGGUCUGUUGUUCUUCCUCACCUCACGAACCCGCUUGUGCUAGCGGACUACCUCACCGGCUGCUUCAGCAGCGGCGGCAUCAUCUCGAUCCUUUCACUGCAAGGACUCUUUCUACUCAUGCUCGAUCACGGGCUUGAGUACCCGAAUUACUACGAGCAACUCUACAGUCUCUUGACACCCGACGUGUUCGCUUCGCGGCACCGGUAUGAGUUGUUCCGGCUUCUGGAUCUUUCCAUGACGUCGCUUCGUGUACCGUCCUACAUUGCUGCAAGCGUUAUCAAGCGCGUGGCGCAGGUGUCGCUGAUGGCACCCGCGCCCACGCUUUACUUCAGUCUUCCCUUUCUUCGCAAGGUGUUGCAGUCCCAUCCCAACUGCCUUGCUCUCAUUCACCGGAGCAGCCGCGAGGCUGUAAUUCCUGACGACAUGACUGACCAAGACGCGGAUAGCGUCACGGCACAGUCUGCCAAGGCGCAAGCGAUACGCGACACUGCAGCUCUUUUCGACGGCCGUGAUCCCUUCGACGACCGCGCGAAGUUGCUAGAAACACACGCGCUGAGCUCCACGUUGUGGGAGCUGACCGCGUUGGAGCGGCACUUCAUGCCAGUUGUGCCGCUCAUGGUGUCGGCGUUUUCUAGCACGGCAGAGGACAAGACGCCGCUGCGCUACGAAAAGAGCUACGGCCGCCUCUUUACCGCCGAGGUUACACGCGCUAUCGAUAGCCAUAAUCUGCCCACGAUCGCCUACGAGGCGCCGUUGGAGGCGGACCCAACCGAUCUGCUCUCCUUCUGA